CUUUCACUCGUAAAUUCUCACACACUCACUCUCUCUCUAUACAAAUGCAUGUUGAGCUUUCACUCUCUACACAGAGGGUGCACGCGUCCGGAACCGACUCUCUUUCUCUCUCUCUGUAGGCCUCUUUAAUUUCCACUCUCUCUGUCUGCAGUUUUGCAGUCUCUGUAGCACAGUGUGUGCGGGACGAGCUUGCUCUUUCAACAAAGUACCGUACGUGUAUGUUUGUGUAUGAUCAUCGAAAAGAGUCAAGGACCGAGUCCCAGCUGAUUCAACAGUUCUGUUUUGUAUCUCUGUGAAAAGUUCCGCCGUCAGCUGGACCGGCGACAGUGAAUCGGCUCUCCGUGUGUCGUCGACGUCUCUCUCCUGAAACUUCCUUCCAUCACUUGGAAUCGAAACAUUCAUCAGUAAAUUUUUGCGAGUUUGCGUCUUUGGGAGGCCGGAGCAUAUAAUAUAUUUGUUGAUUCGGUUUCAUAAUGACCUCUCAAUCAUUGAAGCGGCGAACCAGAAUCGGUUUGACCUCCGCCGUGUUCACGUUCUUUCUUCUCUUUAUCAUUGGACCGGAGUUUUUUACAGGCAGACUUAUUGGUCCCAAUUUCAUGGCGGAAGCAAAUUCAGCCGUCACUGGAAACACCAAUGUUGGUCCUCAUCGCAAGCUUCUCAAUCAAGGGAAUGAAGUGGAAACAAACCGGAUAUGGGGUGACAAAUGUUCAAAAUCUGAUAUUGUGAUAAAUCAGGGACCUACAGCACCUCUACCCAGUGGGAUACCCACGUACACAGUGGAGAUAAUGAACGUCUGUGUCUCUGGCUGUGACAUCUCCGGCAUCCAUCUCAGUUGUGGUUGGUUCAGCUCUGCUCGUCUUAUUAACCCUCGCAUAUUCAAGCGCCUACAUUUUGACGAUUGUCUCGUCAACGAUGGGAAGCCUCUUAUUAAUGGUCAUACUAUAUCCUUCCAAUAUGCCAAUACUUUCCGUUACCCACUCUCUGUUUCCUCUGUUGUCUGCUGAAGGG